GCUAUAAAUUCCACAGGCAGCAUUUACAUCCCACCUUCCCCUUGCAUAAAGGUGUGUGGGAGAGGUGAAACCUCCUCCACUCUGCACCCAGUGGGGCCGAGCAGCAGCGGAUCCCCUCCAGCCCUCCCAGCCCUGGUUAUUCUCAGCUGCUGGUGCUUUCCUGCUCUGCUUUAAGGGGUGUUUGGAGGCAGGUGAGAUGCGGAUGCUGCUGCAGAUCUGCGCUGCUCAUCCCAAACCAUCUUCUACCCACACACCCCCAGCAGCAUCUAAUCCCCUUUGGCCUGCAGGAGAGCUUUGCAUCUUCAUUGCAAUGCAGUCAAACAAAAUGCACGAGCUGAGCUUACAGAGGUAAGGGCAAGGGACUGAAUCUGGCCAUGGUCACUGCAAAGGUGAGCGCGUUGGGGUGCAUGCAUGCCCCACACACCCCCAGCUCCAGGCCAACCUGCACCCAUUGGUGUGCUACUGGUCUUCUUCUCCAACUCCCUGGGAACAGCUUGACUCCACCCGGUCUCUGGAAUCCAGCUGACUGGAUCAGAAAAGAGUUUCCAUCAGAAAGAGGCAGAUGGAAAAGGACAGGAUACGGCUGGGCAGCUUGGAGCUAAAAGGGGCAUUUUUGGGGGUCCCGGGUGCAGGGCAGACCCCUCUCACCCCCUUUCCUUCUGCAGCUGCCGCCGCCGCCGCCGCUCACUUCAGCUUCUGCCGCAGCCUCCUGGAGCACACGGUGUCAGCUGAGAACCUCAGCUACCGCCUGCAGCGCAGCCCCGGCACCAGCCUCACCUGGCACGACGGGCGCAGCCAGCGCGGCGAGGGCAGCCGUGCCAUCAAACUCCUGCGGCAGCCAGGCACAGAGGGCUCCCAGGGCCGUGGCUGCGAUCACUAUGGCAUCUACCACACCAGCCCAACGCUGGGCAGCCUUACCAAGCCAGUGGUGCUGUGGAGCCAGCAGGAUGUGUGCAAAUGGCUGAAGAAGCACUGCCCACACAACUAUCUCAUCUACGUCGAGGCGUUCUCCCACCACGCCAUCACAGGUCGGGCUCUGCUGAGGCUCAAUGGGGAGAAGCUGCAGCGUAUGGGCAUUGCCCACGAGGCGCAGCGGCAGGAGGUGCUGCAGCAGGUCCUGCAGCUCCAGGUGCGUGAGGAGGUCCGGAACCUGCAGCUGCUCAGCCAAGCGUCUUUCGGAAAUGUCUCCUAGCUGAUCCGUCUGUUUGGCAGAUUGUACCAACACUGUGAACCGAGCAGCUCUGGGAUGGACUGUGCACUGCAGAUACGAGACCUGAGCAGCAUGCUUGGAAUACGAAGAGACAGCUCCCGAGCCACUCCAGGGCUUUUCUCUUUCUUCUCUCUCUUCCUUUUUUAUGAAUACAUUUCUGGGCAGAGAUGGGAUGCUUUCUUCAACAGACGUGGUUCCCAGCUGGAGGAAAAUUAACAAAGCAGUCGGUGGGACAGGUGAACUUUGGCCCAUCUGAGCCUGACGGGAGAGACUGCAAAAAGAACCAGGGCUGAGCAGUGUGGGCAACUCCAGCACGGCCAUUUGUGGGAUAAACAGGAGCUGCACAUGGGAUGCUGAUGCCUUUGCACACGAGUGGUGCCCAGUGCUUGGAGUGGCUGGGAGAGCUGCGGGCUCUGCUGGUGUCAAUGCCUUGGAGCUUCGUUCUCCCUUCGAACUGGGCUGUCUUCCAGUGUCCUAGGAGAUAACGUUAUCGGCAGCAAAUAAGAUGACCCAACCAGGCAAAGAAAUUAAAAGCAGGGCAGUCACCAGUGCCUGGCUCCACUUUGUGAAUUAAAAAGGGAGCUGAGUCAGCAGCAGUGGAAGCCCAGGGGUCAGCACGUUCCAGGGGAUGCUGCACAGGAGAUGCUCCACGUCCUUUCUCUGUCCUCAUCCACAUGCCUGGUUCCCUGCUCUCUGGUCCCAGGCUCUAUUUAUUCCUUCCCAAUGCUGCCCAGGCUUUGUCCAGGCCCUUUUGCAGAGGUUUACCCCUCCAGAGCUCUUGCAAACUCCCAACCCUUCAGGGGGCUUUGACAGUGCCAUCCAUACCAGCACCGUCCCCAAAUCCCAGCUGAUGAUUGAAAGGAGGUGACAUUUCUAGUUGCAUCCCCCAGUGCCCAGGGACACCCCAGGGCUGUGGCAGAGCAGGCACCCAGGUGGCACCGCGCACCACCUCCUGCUCUGCAAAUAAAGUCAGACUGUUGUUUCCAUUUGCUGCUCUCCUACUCGUCCUGUGAUUCUGCUCAUUCCCUGCCCCCCAGCUAGGGAAAACAAAGUGAAAGAUUUCAGCCACUGAGUCAGGGAAUAUCCCAACACUGUCCCUGUGGGAGCACUAUGGUGUGUGAAUGGAGAUACCCCCCUUCCAAACAUGGGGCUGCUCAUGGACUCAUUUGCAGGGACCCCACAGCCCUGGGGGUUUGCUGCUCACUGCCCCUUUCCCUCCUCCACAUACACAGAAAUCUGAAUUUCCUCCUCCUCUGCUGAUAUUGACCUUUUUAGAAAUGCAGUGAAAUUGGCUCUUCUCACCUCGCUAGAACUUCACAAGCAACAAAGCUGAGCGGAUUUAUUGAAUUUUAGAAAAAAGAAAGAAAACAAGCAGAAAGAAAACCAUCCCUCCUGCAGCAGCAGGGAGCUGCUGGGACUCCCAGCUGGAGCAAAACACAGUGUGUGGGGCCUGAUCCCGGCCAGUUCAGGGUGCAUAUUUGCUCCUUGCUGUGCUGUCAUGCAGAGCAAAGCCCCAUGCAGAGCAGAGCCCCAUGCAGGAUGUGGCCCUGUUGCUUCUGCUGUGAAACCCCAGAUCAGAGCCCACCAUGCUGCCACCCCAGCCCUGGCACUGGGCACUGGGAGAGGGUGGCAGUGGGGUGGUGGCAGUGGGUGGCUGGCAGUGGGUGGCUGGCCCCAUAGGAGCAGUGUCCUGGAGCAGACCGUGGUGGCAGGGCUGGAGAUGUGGGUGCAGUAUCUUUAGAGCUGAGAUUUUGGGGGAGAGCUCUGGAGAGGUGAGGGGGCACAACGGCUCCUGUCGUGUUGCACCCAAGUGGUCUGGGGGCAGUUUUGCUGUCAGAGGGUCCCUCGUUGAGACCCCAGCUCCGGCUUCGUGUGCCACCUCCACCCGUGUCAGGCUAUGCUCCAAUUCCACUUCUGCAGCCAGAGACCCGCUGAGCUGAUGGAAGCCAAAAGCAAACCCCACAUCAGGGCUGCACACCCCAUUCUGCCGCUGCUCUGCUAUUUCUGCAUCUGGUGCAGCUGGAGCGAGCUGAGCGUUCUCCAAGGCUGCAUCGGAGCACGGGUCCGCCUCUGGGCAAUCAUCUGGCGCCCUCUAAUGCCUCUGUGCCCUAAGUCCCAGCGUCCCAUACCCGAAGAGGACCGGGGCCGGACCCUGCUGGGAUGCAACCGGAGCUAUUUCCUUGCUCUCGGCUAUAUUGUUUGCAAUAAGCAGGACAAAGACCUACUGAGAUAAAAAAUAACGGGCAGCUUUUUCUUGCUUUAAAAAGCAAAAAUGCAGCAAUCCCUUCCCAGUGGUGGAGGCUGCUUGCAGAUUGCAGCAAGGCUUCGCAAGCAAAAAGAAAUUGUCAACACCGACACAGUUGCACGUAGCAAAUGCAUGCCUAAUUUGUCCAAGUAAUUACUGUGCCUGCCUUGAUGAUACAGAUAUCUUCAGAACUGAAAUGCUGCUGAUUGCCUCUCUGAUUCAGGAAGCGAUCUCUCAGCAUUCACAUUCAUGCUUGGCUACAGCCACAGCCACAGAUAUCCCUGCUGCGUGCAGCUAUGGGACACUGCUGAUGGAUUUCAGUGUCUGCUCAAGGGCCAAACUGAGGCCAGUUGCAUCUGCUGCCCUUCCCUGGUCAGUUAUGUGCCCCAGCUCAUCAGGAACCUGUUCUCCCAUCAGGUAUCUGCUGGACUAUCAGUCACAACAGAUCCCCAUCCCCAAGUUCUGGUCUCUAUUCCAGGAUCCUGGUCCCCAUCCCAAAGCCCUGUUUCCCAUCCCAUAUCCCUGGUCCCCAUCCCAUAACUUUGAUUGCCAACCCAAAGCCCUGCUCACCACCUCAAAGCCCUGCUUCCCAUCCCAUAUCCCUGGUCCCCAUACCCUUGACUGCCAUCCCAAACUCUGGUCCCCAUAUCAAAGCUCUACUUCUCAUCUCAUAUUCCUGAUCCCCAUCCUGAAGCCCUGGUUCCCACCCCAGAGCCCCGAUCCCCAUUCUACACUCCCAGUCCCUACCCUGGAUCUCUGGUCCUUGUCCCUGUCGCUGCACACCCAGGACUAAUCAAUCUCAGAUCAUUGCUAAUGAACUUGGGAACAGUGUUGGGAUG